GCAGUGAUGGUGGCCUGGGGGGGAAGUUUUGCUUCCGCUGAUCUGGGGCAUGACGAUCGCACGCUUCUCCAAGGAGGGAAAGGUGUGAUUGAUCAUGCAACAUGUCUUGCCUGUCAAAAAAGAAAGGGUUGCGUUGCCCAGUGGUCAAACAUGGAUUGUACCUUUUCAGAAAAAGAGGCUGGUGGUGUUUUCAAGACAAACAACCGAACCACAGCAUCACGUCACAAAACAACCAUUGUCUCGCUUGCUUGCUUUUCCCCCCUGUCUGCUUUUCUCGGUUGUGUUUGCGCUUGCAAAGACAUAAUGUAAGGGGAGAGAAAGUUGCCAUGUUGAGAAAGACCAAGUUUCUCGGUAGGGAACAGUGGCGUAGGACUUAUUUUUCUUUUUCCCCCCAACUCCAGUUUACUGACGGUAAGAGCGGCCAGAAUCUGCAGGUUGGAACAAAAAAAGGGAAACGAAUUUCCAAGCCGCAGUCACACUGUAACAUGGAAAAGGAGCCGCUGCAUUUCAAAUCUCCGCACCGUCAGAGAAACACUGUACCAAGUCCGGGCGUCAGCCCGGCAAGUUAAGAUUUGGGUAGCUACCGUGGUUCUUGAUGUACAUUCUCCCCGUUUUUCUUGGGUCUAAUUUGUUUUUUUUUUAACAAUUUCAACGGUUGCAAAAAAAAUCAUGGGGUGCUAGGUACGUACAUGGCGACGCUA